AGUGAGGGCUUUCUCUCUGUCAAGCGAUCUCAGUGCAUUUUAUUUUCAUGCAUGUUUACCGUGCAUUGCACUAAUCAGAGUAUGUGUUGAAACGCUGGAGUCUGAUGAACAUGGAUGACUUGAAGCAGUCGUGUCACGAGCUCUCUCUACCCGUCACGGAGAAAUGCAACCCCAUCAGCAGAGAUAUUGAUAGAGUGAAUGGCAAACAGAUGGUGCAAAUACUGAGAAGAUGCGACGCCGAGAUUUUUGAGAAGAAAAAUCAGGAUCCACUUCAUCAGAGACUAUAUAGUUCACCUGUCAUCCAAACGAUGGUGGAUGUUGCAAAGAGAGUGGAAAUGAUGCUGAGG